AUGGCCACAACAACCACUUUCCAACGACCUCUCAAGGGCUCACGUAUAUCUUCCUUCUAUCCGGUGAAGACACUACCGCCACUUUCCUCGCUCGACAGUGCGUUUCAGCUGCAGGAAUACAUCUCUCUUCUCAUCCGCCGCGACGUGCACGACGUGGACGCAAUCGUGUCUGUGCCCGAGAAAAGCAGCUCCAGAGACAGGGAUGCCGAGGGCGGUGACGAGGAUGCGAAGCGCGAGAAGGGCAUGGACAAGGAUUCGGACGGGAAGAAUGACGUCUCGGUCGACGAGGCUUGUUGGAUUUACGAGCAGUUACGCCGUAUUGCGCAAGACCUUUCGCAUCCGCUCAUAACAAUGCUUCAGCAAGAAUGCACGCGUCAGACCUGUCCAGAAAUGAAGGCGGGCGAAUGGCUCUACCUUUGCGUUGCACAUGGAAACGAUGGGGCCAUGGAGCAAUGUUGCGCAAUUGACUAUAUCUUACAUACCCUCGACGGCGCAACAGCCCUACUCAACUCCCCACGCGCCUUUCCCUCUCGCCUGAGUAUUCCCCCUGCAUCACACCGGCACUUCUCCUCCCUCGCACGCCGUCUCUCCCGCAUCUUCGCGCACGCAUACUUCCACCACCGCGCCGCGUUCGCGCAAGCCGAAGCCGAGAGCGCUCUGUACGCCCGCUUCCUCGCGCUCACCGCGCGCUUCAAUCUCGUCCCCGUCGAGUUCCUCGUCGUGCCCCAGCGGUUCGCCUCGUAUGUAAAUGGCACAGACGAUGACGAUGACGAGGAGGCAAGAAACAAGGAGGCGGAGCCCCCACGGCUUCUCGGUGCUGCAGUCGACCCGCGCAACUUUCGCGAGCUGCUCGCGCGCCGCGCGGAGAGCGAGUCAGGCGACGCAGGGCCGGGUGCCACACUCGGCCCCGGCAACCUCGUUGAGAACGCGGAGGGACGGGAGGCGAGCCCUGCGGGUCCUCGCAGGAUCGGCCGGAACAGGACGGACACGAUGGUCCACAGCGAAGCGGCUAGUGUCAUAGAGGAGUUAGGGAAGGGCGAGCCCGAAGUCGCACCAGAGGCCAUUGAGGAAGUGGGCGUCUCGUCUACCGUUCCAGUGGAGGAGUCCGCUCAAGUGGGACUCGAAUCGCAGCUUGAGCCUGAAGUACCUGACGCGGCCGCGCUGUCCGAGGUGGAGACCGCAGAGACCACUGCGCCCCCGAGUGAGGAGCCCGGUGCGGCGGUGGUAGAGGAAGAAGUCGAUGUCACCGCCGCUGCGGAGGUAGAGUUAUCUCCUGUCGUGGAACCAGUUGAGCCAGCUCCAACACCUGUAUCCGUGGAGGAGUCGCCCGCAGAACCUGAGCCACAACUGUCUUCUGAAGCCAUCCCCGAUCUCUCGAUAUCAGAAUUGACGGUGGAAGUCAAGGCGCCUCACUCCGAAGCAUCGGCGACUCUCGAGCCAGUUACUACCAUGGAGCAGUCGCAAGCAGAGGAGGAAAUCACAGCACCUUCGGAGGCUGAUGAGGCGGCUGUCGUUGUCGCCGAAGAGGUCGUGACGCUCGCUGAAGCAGUGGCAGAGGUAGAUGUGGCAUCGACUGAGGAGUCACUGGCAGCACUUGCCACACCAGAAGAUUUUCUUGAGGUCCCGUCCGAAGCUGAAGCACAGAUUCCCGCUACUCCUUUACUCGAACCUGAGGUUGAAAAGUCAGGCAUUUUGGCUGCAACGGAGGAAGAUCCGGAAGCCGAGUCUCAGACAGAGCAACCCACCGCAGAAGAAAUAACCCACGAAGCCGCCGCCGUACCUGCCUCUCGCCACGCUGCGCCCACGUCUGACCCGCUGGACGCCGUGGCAGACCCUGCAGGCGAAGACGGCGUCGUUCAAGGGCAAGAGGAAGGUUCUGGCGACGAUGCUCUUGUGAAGGCUGCGGUCGAGACACCUGAACAGCUGGCUCCCAGCGGUGCAGAAGCAGAACCGGAAGUUUAG